GCUUUAAAUGACGUUCUUUUUCGUAUUUAAACUUUCGUUAAACUUACCUUGGUGUGCUUAAGAUAAAACGGCUCGAUUUUUAGUUCGAAUUUUAUGAUAAGAUUGGAUUCUUGUAUUUUGGGCACGCAUUCUAAUUAAAUGGAAUAAUAGCAGACGAAAGGUAUGCUGAUUAAUCAUGGAACACACUUCAAUGAAACGGACAGAACGGCAAAAUCUUAUUGAUUUAGAUCAUGAUUCACCAACCGACGAUAAGGGGUGUUUGAAUGAAAUAUUUUAAUUAUAACAAGAUAUCGAACCACAGGAAAAACUCCCCGAGUGUUGAAGACAUAAUAUUCAGCUUUGCUUCUUAUCUUAAAAUAAAACGAAGCAAACAUUAACUUGUUAAUUUAACAGCAUAUAUAUUCUUCUUGUCACUUUAGCUUAAGAGGUUUUUAAACAAGUUCUAGCGAGAUUUAAUCCAAAAGCACGUAUUUUAUUAUCCAAAAGCACGUGUGGUUAGGCAUUUUAACACGUUUACCACACUUAUCUUGUCUUAAAUGUGCAAUCAAUUCGACGCGAUCAAAAUGUUUUAAUGAAAUAUCAUCACACUGUAUGAAACGCUCACCAACAAUAUGUCGACAUCAGAAGAAGCUGACAUCGAGAGAUACCUUAAAGAAAGUGUCAAGAGUUAUAAAGAAUGCUCCGUAAAAAACUCUGCAAGACGGAACUCGCUACAGAAAAAAACUCUGGGAAUAGAAUCUGAGCGGCGAUUAGCCAAUAGCAAACUGUCGCGGGAGGAACGCCUGGUGAAGGACCAGCUGCGACAUAUGAACAUGGAGAAGGCUAAAAACCAUCUUGUCAACAAUAUUAGAGACGCCCAUGAACAGGAGCAUCACCGAAAGACAAGUCGAGAGGAGAAGAAGCACCACGAACUUCCGAUUCCUUUGGAGCCGUAUCCGAUAACCUUCCGUAAGACUCCCAGGUCACCGGAACAAGAUCGAAGACACCAGGAAUCCGGUAAAGCAUAUGCAGCCAAUGGUCGUCGUCGGCAGUCUCGUGAAUUCGAGGACCUUUGCUUGAACACGAGCCCCAAAGGACCGCUGUUCAAUAUCAAAGAGGUACGCGAGGAGGAAAGUCCACGUCGACGCACUUAUUCGAUGUCGGCUGCCAAUCAGAUAAUGGCACGAAAACACCUGAUCUCGUCGCGUCAUGCCGGAAAAUUAAGCACUCCGUCCGGCUCCCCUCAGUUACUCAGGACGCGGAAAAUAUCAACCGUCAGUAAAACGGGUGGUAACUCUUCCAGCUCGUCGAAGGAAAGUCUCCAUGACAGUACAGAGAGAAUUCACUCCCUUAGUGACCUUCAUUGGAUCGGUGAACCGGAAGCGAUUAAUUCCAUCCGAAGACCUCGUCUAACGGUAGAUCAGCAGGAGUUAGAAUCGGAAAUGCACAAACUUAGCGUGACUUAGAGAAAAUAGAACGAUCAACCCUAAAACAGUAUGAUACACUUCACAGUUCUAAUUAUCUGUUAUUUUUGCAUAUGUCUGUGUUUAUUUUAACAAUAAGCGCUCGGAUAACGGGCAAACUUUUAACGGGAGUCAAUGCCGGCGUAAAGAUGCCAUGCCAAAGACGCAGAUUGACAGUACAUUCCAAUUUCAGUGGUUUUUAUCCUUAGAAAACAAAACAUGGGACACUAAGUCGAACGGAUGUCGCCGACUAUUGUUAACUUAUGAUGCGUGCUUUAAGUUAGUGACGUCAUAUGUACUUGCACUUUCUUCUAAUUACUAACACAUACACUCCGACAGGCUUCUCAAAUCCACUUGAAUUUUGCUGCAACUUAGUUUUAAAUGAUAAAAUGUGCAACAGGAGUAAAAAAAACAGAUUUAAGACUGCGGUCUAAUAAACAGCAAGUUACGGAAAGUAGUUGUUGUAUGUUUUGUUAAAGUGACGCAUAUUAUAAAGACAAUCAUUGGUUUAACGGAUGUUAGGAUGUAGUCUUGUUAUGGUGUGGUCAUACAAAUGUGUCUUGUUCUGAGAAAACUGGGCUUAAUUCAUGUGCGUAAAGUGUCGUCCCACAUUGGCCUGUGCAGUCCGCACAGGCUAAUCAGGGACGACACUUUCCGCUUUAAUGGUAUUUUUAGUUUCAAGGAAGUCCCUCCUUACCGAAAAUCAAGUUUAGGCGGAAAUAGUCGUCCCUGAUUAGCCUGUGCGCACUGCACAGGCUAAUGUGGGACGACACUUUACGCACAUGCAUUAUGACCAGCUUUCACAGAACAAGACACAUUAUUAAAUCAUUAAAGUGCUUGAAAGUGUUAGGAUCUCGAUAAUAAAAAAGUAACAUUGUUUUACGUAUAAAUAUGGAUAUUUUAGAUAAAUUACAUCUGUUAAUUACUAGCAUAUGGACUUCAUAGUAUUGCAAGUUUGUGUACAAAUAAGUAAUAGUAUUACCAUAUACAAAAGUAUGCACAUAUGGAUGCGUUUUAUGUUUGUCAGAUAUAUGUUAUUCUUCGAAGCGUGUUAUAUACCAAUCUUGAAUAAAACAUGUAUAUUUAUAAAAAAAUAAAAGUAUCUUAUCAGUCA